AUACAACACAAGAAACCCUGUAUAAAAAAAUAAAACAGAAAAAUUCAAUUACAAUAAUUUUAUUUCAAAGUUAUUCAUUUCUUUAGUAGAUAUCAUUCUAUAUGUAUAAGCAUUGACAGAGGGACAAACACGGACCCCUGGACACAUCAGAGGUGGGAUCAGGUGCCUAGGAGGAAUUAGUUUUUUGAUCCUUAACAAGUGGCCGACUCAGGAGAAAAUCGAUUACUUGCAUGCACUCACCAAUCGAGAGCGACCUUGUUCUGGUCUCUAGGGUUGAAUUCAUGGUCUGCACGCCAAGACGUCAAAGUAUCCAGCUUCUACCAUACACAAUGGCCACGCUGACCACCCAGGCACAGGAGGUCAUCAACUGUGACCUUUGUGUCAAGCCUACCUAUCAGUUCUGCAACAGGUGUCAACUCAGUUUGUGUGUGGACUGUGUUGGUAAACACGUGGAUAAGCUCAAGUACCAACCACAUGACAUUGUUCAUUUCAAAGACAGAAAGGUACGACUAUAUUUCCCCGAGUGUGAAUUUCACCCAAAUAAGAUAUGUGAAGCCCACUGCCAACAAUGUGAUAUCCCAGUUUGUCUGAAAUGCAUUCUUGGUCGCCAUAAUGGACAUAAAUGUAUAGAUCUGUCCGGUAUUUUCACCAAGAAAAAAGAUAUUGAAAAAGAAACUCAGGAAAUUGAAUCCACCAUUAUUCCUCUGUAUAGGAAGAAAAAUGAAGAAUCAGUAAGCAAAUUAUCUAUUACAAUGGCCAAAUUUGAUGAACUGGAAAUAGAAAAAGAAAAGCAUAGAAGAUUCUGGCAUAAAGAAGUCGAUUCUAUUUUUAAUAAGAUCAGUUCUUUAAUUAAGUCCAUGAAAGAAAAUCACAUGGCUGCUCUAAAAUCUUACCAAUGUGAAAUAAAAAAUCGAAUCCCAGGUAUGAUUAAAACAGUUCAACAAAACAAAGAGCUCCUCAAUUCCAAAAAAAUGUCUGAAGUCACCAACUACAAAUCUAAACUCGAGGAAUACAGGAACAUGCCAGCUGAUAUUGAUGUCAAACUGCCAUCACUCAAAACGAACACAGUCCAAGGGAGAGAACUCAGCCUGGAAUUAGGAGAAUACAAGGCUAGCCUGACGAAGACAACUUUAUCAUGUCAAGCAGAUGAAGCUUCCUAUACAACUUUGCAAAAGUUAUUAGACCAAGCAAAAUCAAUUACAACCAUUCCUACCGGAGUUGAUUCUCUAUACAAUGUUGCCUGUGUGGGAGUGGAUGAAGCCUGGGUUAGUGGUGAGGAUAAAACCAUAAAACGUGUUCACAUAAAUGGGUCAAUACAGAACACUGUCACCACCACAUGUAAAACCUGGCCUAAUGCCAUUACAGUGACCACACAGGGAGAACUGGUAUACAGUGAUCAUCCCAAUAGAACUGUGAACAUUGUCAGACACGGGAGAACAGAGACACUGAUAACCACACCACAGGGCUGGCAUCCGGGCAGACUCUGUUGUGCUAAGUCAGGAGACAUUCUGGUCACUAUGUAUGAUACUGGCAAAGGCAAAAAUAAAAUUGUCCGUUAUCAGGGACACACAGUGAAACAAGAAAUAGAUAGAGAUGAAGAUGGAAAACCAAUCUAUAAAGGAGGGAAAUACCCACUGCGUGUGGUGGAGAACAACAAUGGGGACAUUUGUGCUUCUGAUAGUAAUGCUAAGGCCGUGGUCGUGGUGGACAAGUCAGGAAAGGUCCGAUUCCGAUACGAUGGUACACCAGCCAAUCGAAAGGAGUCAUUUAAUCCUGGACAUACAGCGACUGACUCCAUAGGUCAGAUCAUUGUGACAGAUUACAACAAUGCCUGUCUACACAUCCUGGAUCAAAACGGAGAGUUCUUGAGAUGUGUGGACAAUUGUGGACUAGAUAAUCCCAAUGGACUGAGUGUGGAUAGUGAGGGGAGGUUGUGGGUAGGGUUAGUUCACUCAGGAGAAGUGAAAGUGAUUCAGUACAUGAAAUAAACACAUGGUAUCACAUAUAGGCGUCAUAUAAUGCCAUAGUUCACACAGUGCUUUUGAUACAGACGUGACUUGGUGAUAUUGAUAUGACAAUGUUUCGUUUGUUCAAUUUACAAAUUGUGCAAGAACAUAUAAUCAUUGCUUUAUAGAACAUAAAUAGCCCGUGGGCCAUAACACUCACGUUUGCAGUUUCAUUUCCCCACAUCAAACAUUAAUUUUAAAUCUUUGCACCAACCUUGCUAUGGAAAGCUGGAAAAUAACAAACUACAUUAUA